CAUAAUCCAUCCAUGGCCAAUUACACUUUUCUCCAUCCUCUUCUUCUUCUUCUCGUCCUGCUGUUCGCUAGUCACGAAGUUGAGAAGAGAUAUGCAUGGGGAAGGGAACUGGUGCAUCUCGAAGCGAUUUCGCUGACGCCGGCAACUACUUGCAAAGAUCACACAAAUGGACGUGGACUGACAUUGGCACACAGGCAGGGACCUUGUUCACCGCUUGCCGCAAACCGUCAAUCCCGCGAUUCCGGGCUCAUUUUCCUCCGAGACCAAUCGCGGGUCCAUUCCAUGAACGUCUUAGGAGAAUCUCCCGCGCUACCCACUGGGGAUCACGGCGAGAACGCCCGGCUGCCAAUCCGCGGCGGCGCUGCUCCCGGAGCGGGCGAGUUCGUGGUCACAGUCGGCCUCGGGACCCCGAAAGUCGACCUGACCCUGAUCUUCGAUACGGGCAGCGACAUUACAUGGACCCAAUGUGAACCUUGUCCUAAUUGCUAUCAUCAGCAAGACCCAAUGUUUGAGCCAUCCAAGUCCACCACAUACUCAGACCCACAAUGCACGGAAUCGGAUUGCCCCUACUCGAUCGAAUAUGCAGAUGGAUCGCACUCCAGCGGUUACUACAUCCAAGAUCUGCUUACCCUCACUCCGGAGUACCAGUUCCCGAACUUCAUCUUCGGUUGCAGCCAAAACAAUAGCCACAAUUUCGGCGUCACGGCCGGUGUAUUAGGCCUAGGACAAGGACGCACGUCCCUAAUCUCACACAUAUCAUCACAAUUUUCCAAUAUCUUCUGCUACUGCAUCCCUGGCAGUGAGAGCUCAAAUGGGUACUUACUUUUUGGGAUGGAAGCCCUUCGUAACUGCCAAACAAAGAAUACCACACCUCUCAUAAUUGACCAAAAUAACCCAUCCUAUUAUUAUGUCAACCUAGUUGGCAUUGCCUUUGGGAAUCAAACAUUUAGCCUCUCUUCAGAGUCUCCACCUCCUAGGACCAUCAUAGACUCGGGGACUACCAUCACUCGGUUGCCGCCCUCGAUUUAUUCGGCCAUUCAGACGGAGUUUGCCAAUUACAUGUCGAAUUAUCCUGUCGCGGAUCCUCUGACGAAGCUGAUGGACACCUGCUAUGAUCUUCGGGGUCAGGAGAAUGUGAACUUGCCGGAGAUGGUCCUACAAUUUGAGAAUACCGACGUUAGAUUGGACCCGUCUGCUGUAGUUUGGCGAGAGAGUGAUGCGCAAGUUUGCUUGGCCGUCGCACCGAAUCGGAAAAGGCCAGACCUGGUCAUUAUCGGCAGUGUGCAACAGCAGAACCUGAACAUUCUUUACAACAUUCAAGAUAACAAGGUUGAAUUCGGGAAUGGUGGUUGUGGCAAUUGAGAGGCUACAAUUGAUGAAGAAAAUAAGUGACGUGGAUAUCUAAACGAGUGCCUAUUUCUAUUUGGAACAUUGUUUUACUACGCGGGGCACAUACUUACAUGAUAUGUGUUGUUAAUUUUCCUUCACAUUAAUCGGUGUAUUUUUACAAGUUCGUGAUAGAUGUAUUGCAUGUCCUUAUGUUUUGUCAA